AUGCCUCGAUCUUCUCGAGAAGUAAUCUUGAUCUCCAUUGCCAUAUUGUAUGGCGCCGCUCGAUCAAUCGGUAAACUCGAGGAUGCAAAGACCCAUCUCAGAGCGGCGUCGGAAAUCUUGAAUUCAUGGAUGAAAUUUGAACAGAAGAGUGAUCACGCGUCACGAUCCUCGGGUGAUCUCGCUUCUUUGCUGGAAAUAUUCUCAAAGAUUAGUCUUCAGGCUACUCUUUUUGACGAUAUACUACCCUCUUCAUAUUUGAACGAUAACGAGACCGAAGAUACAACUACAAUGACAUAUGGCCCCAUGAUUGCGAAUCAAUUUCGAAAUGCUAUCGAAGCUCAGAUUGCGCUUGAAACAAUUCAGUCUCGAUUCUUUCGAUUUAUAGUGGUAAAUCGAAGACCCGAAUCCCUCGAUUUCCCAUCUUCUUCACCUUCUGAAAUAACCGUCGCCGACGACAGUCACCAUCCGCCCUUCGUCCACACCGAAAUAGCAAUGUUGAAGAAACAAGUCGCAUUCUGGCGGUCGUCAUUCCAGGAGAUCCUGGACAUGUCAUCGUCUACUCAACCCAGUGGUACGAAAGGACCUGUGAGGUAUCAUACCGCAUUGCUAUACGCGCAACACUGGACACUUUCCGACCUGAUCAGGAGUAGUCAGAGGAUACUACAUGGCCAACAGCCAUCUUCUCCAGAGCUGAACAAUCAUGCCGGACGAGUCCUAUCAUUACUCGAGAAUAAUUUCAUAUUGCCUUCCCCUCAAGCCACGAGCACAGAACGAAUCAUCUGCAAACCCUCUGCCAUGCCCCAACUCUACCUCGAACUAGCACAACAACGCGAUUCCGCUAUGCAGUCCAAAGCAAUUGAACUACUGACGGAUACGCUUAGCCAUGAAGAUAUGACAAACGUGCUCUGUGUACUGAAUACUUUGAUGGCAAUUGGACGCAAAGAGAGUCAUCCGUUCUAUAAUCGUCAGGAUAAUUCGGAGAAUUUGGUGGCUGCGCAGAGAGAGUUGGAGAGGCUUAUUCUAGUCUUGGAUGAGCGGAAGGGUUGA